AUGACUAUCCUGAAUUCAAUUUGGAGGAAGCUAACGAAUACCAAAGCUCUGGAAAAAUCCAGCGGCUGCCUGGAAACUCAGUUCUUUGAGACCGUUUACCGGGUUUCUUAUUUGACAGGCAUAUCUAUGGCGGAUGAAGAUAUCCCUUACCUGAUCUACAGUAGCGUUGUGAAACUCCUUAUAUUCUUGCUGAUUGUUGGAGAGUUCUGGCAUCUCGCCACGGAGGUGACAAGCUUCGAUGAGAUGGCCGACAUGGUUAACAUCACUGUCAUUCAGUAUAUCGCUAUUUUCAGAUACAGGAGCAUGUUAUACCAUAAGGAUGUGUACAAAAAACUAGCCACAUCCAUGGAGUCGCAAUAUUUUGAUAUAUCUACAAAGGAAAGGAGGGAUGUGGUUGAUUACUGGGUCAAAAGGAAUGCUAACAACGUGAAGUUGUUACUUGUGUUAGGAAACUGUACCUUAAUUGCUUGGUUUCUGUACCCCUUGGUAGACGACCUGGAAUACAACGUGUUCAUCGGGAUUCGCCUGCCUUUCCCUUACUAUAGCCCGGUGUGCUACGCCUUCGUGUACCUGCUCUUGUUGAUAGUCUUCUCGUAUAUAUCCCACUUUGUGAUGGCCAACGACCUGAUCAUGCAGGCUCAUCUACUGCACAUGGUGUGCCAGUUUGAUGUACUCUGCAACUGCUUUGAGAACUUAAUGGAGGAUUGUGCAAAAGGAUUUAAAGGUAUAGAUCGAGAAAGUCUGCUGGCGAAUGCGAAUUACAGAGAAGUCUUCAAAGCAAGGCUGGGUGAUAUGAUUACUCAACAUCGGUAUAUUCUUGACCACGCCAUGGAACUCCGCCACACGCUGAGCGGCCCCAUGCUAGGCCAAUUGGCGGCCAGUGGGACUCUUAUUUGCUUUAUCGGUUAUCAAGCGACUACGUCUGGAGCUUACAACAUCACCAAGUGCCUCAUGAGUUUGUUCUACCUGUGUUACAAUUUGCUUGUGUUUUACAUUAUUUGUCGUUGGUGCGAAGAAAUUUCAGUUCAGAGUCAAAGAGUAGGUGAAGCAGUGUACUGCUCGAACUGGGAGUGCGGUGCUAGCAAUAUCCCUGGAGUCAAGGUGUCCCUGCUCAUGGUGAUAACGCGCGCCAACAAGCCCCUGACCCUCACUGCUGGAGGGGUCUACGAUCUGUCGCUUAUGACUUUCAGCUCUAUAUUAAAAACAUCAUACAGCGCAUUGACGCUCUUGCUACGUCUCAAAAGUACGGAAUAAAAGCUAAUAUCAUGUUUAUAAUGCACGCAAGAUUUACACGCGUAGUGAUUUCAGCAAAUAUU